CACACAGGCAGCCAGACGGACUGGAUCUCCGGCAGCAGGAGAGAGAAGAAGAAAAAAAAAACCCAAAAAACUACCAGUGAAGUGAAGUCGACGCGAUGUUAAACACGAAAUGCUCCGGUUUGGUUUGAGAGGACAGCUGACAAUAAGGAAGAAGAAGAAGAAGCUGCUGGAGGAAGAAGCAAAGUGUGACAGCUGGAAGACGAAUAACACAGUUUUAGUGGAGCCGCACGUGGAUAACACUCGUGAACGUUGGACCUCUCCACUUUAACUGUUUGCGAGCUGUUUACGCCUGCCUGAUUCAGCAAUGAGCGUCAAGUCAGCCAUCAACAAGGAGGUCUUCAUACCCCACGAUGAGAAGAUGCUUGCUGCCGUGCAGGUGAAACGGAGGACCAAGAAAAAGAUCCCUUUCCUGGCCACUGGUGGUCAGGGAGAUUACAUGACCUUCAUCUGCCUCUCAGUGACAAAUAAGAAACCGUCCCAUGUGUCCAUCACUAAGGUCAAGCAGUUCCAAGGAUCUUCUGCCUUCGUAAAGAGGUCUGGGUGGACAAUCGACCAGCUACGGCAGGUCAACGGCAUUGACCCCAACAAAGACUGUCCAGAGUUUGACCUGAUGUUUGAAAAUGCUUUCGACCAGUGGGUUGCCAGUUCAGCGGGAGAGAAGUGCACCUUUAUUCAGAUUCUUCACCACACUUGCCAGCGUUACAGCUCAGCGCGGAAACCCGAGUUCGUCAACUGUCAGUCCAAACUGCUAGGCGGUAACAGUAUACUACAUUCAGCUGCAGACAGCGUGACGAGUGCUGUACAGAAGGCCAGCCAGGCUCUGAAUGAGCGUGGCGAGCGAUUAGGUCGGGCUGAGGACAGGACCGCAGACAUGAUGAACAGUGCUGAACAGUUUGCUGUCACUGCACACAAGCUUGCCAUGAAGCACAAGUGUUAGACCACUGCCAAAACCAACUGGGCUGGGGGGGUUCCCACUAUCGCCAGUCGCUGUACAGGAGAAGGAUUCCAGAUUUUAUUCUUUUUAAAAAUUUUAAUAUCAUUAAUAUUUGUUAACAAUGUUAACAUUUUAAUGUUUUGGGUUAUUGUACUCUGGUGCAUCUCGUUCCUAAUGAUGGUGACGCAUCCAACAGAUGGGAGGAAGAGAGAUAAACAACGCUACUUCAGACUGUCAACAGAAUGUUUCAUGCUUCUGUUUGCCAAACAAGUAACAAGCCACAGCCAUGACUGUACUUGAUAAUGAUGGUCACUCAAUAUACUUUCCCUUUUCAUAUGCUCAGACGCUAAUGUGAGUGUACACGAGCUGACAAGUCAUUAUCAGCAAACCCUCCUAGAUGAGGAACAGUUUGUCUCACGUGGUAUUAAUUGUCGACCGGCAGUGAUCCUGCAGUCUAAUGCAUGAGGGAAGGAGCCUCUUACGGGUUGUCACAUGUGAGAUUGGGUUGAGGUUACCAGAUAAACAUAAAUAUACCUAAAGAUAGCCUAGAUUUAAUGUUUGAUUUGUACUUAGACAAAUAUUUUGGCAUCAAAUUUGGUAGAGUGGAAUCUCAGAUGAACGGUAACUCUACCCGUGAAUCUCGAUAAAUCCCAAAGUAUACUUUUUUGAUUGGUUUCCUUCUAUGCUUUGACUUUUGGGCGUGGAACUGUUUUUGCUUGUUUUCUCUGCCCACAAUUUCAAACUGUAAGACAGUAUUAGUCAAGGUAUUUUCAACAUAUCAUUUCAUAAACUGCCGAAGAGUCUGUAAAGAGUGGUUUCAGUGAUCAUAUAAAAUAAAAGCGGUGAAAUGUUUCAGUCUUCUGUUAGACUUGUCUAUCAUUCAAAAACAACCAAAACUACAUGGAAUACAGUUGCCAACAUUUUUUUGGAAGUGUACUUGAAGAAUUUGUUUUAAGAAUAAGCUUUUUAAGUAUAUUAUUAUUAUUAUGUAUAUUUUAUGUUGAAGGGGAACAAUUCAGUAAACCAGCUUCUGCACUGUAAAAAGCAACAUGUAAUUCUUCUAGUACUACUAUCUUCAUGUCUGUAGAGCGAAUUUGUCCCUGAACAUGGGAUGUUUUAAUAUUAAUCCUGGCUGUAUUUCAACUUUAAACAUUCAGUAGUCAUAUCUUGUGCUUUUUGUAUAAUUUGGGUUGGUCAUUAUAAUGAUGUGUAUGCUGAUAAAGGACUAAAUGUCUCAAAUAGCAGAAGCAGUGUGUGGUAGUUUUUUUGUUUUUUGCAGCUCUGCUCACACUGACUCCAACUUUGGCUUCUUCACUAGCAAGACACCACCCUCACACUUGAGAGAUCUUUGAUUCUUUUUAUAUUUUGAAUUUUAUAAUUCGUGAUGUUACGAUGCACUGAUAACCUUAUCUCGCGGAGCACUGUUGAGUUCAUAAUGAAACGUUCCAGUUGCCUAACUCUUAGUGUGCUUUUAUUCCUCUCUAACACUUUGGAUGUUUAUUGUUUCAAUAAUAAAAAAAAAAAGACAGAAAGAUGAAUUUAUAUUAUUAUCAGUGUCCUUUUUAUAGCCGGCUUUAGCGAUUCCAUCAAACAAUGGAAUCAGAAGUUGUACAUUUAUUUUGUCAUUGCUGCAUUCCUGUACUUACAUUAAUGUUCCCUUUUCAUAGACGAUAAGCUGCCAAAAACUCAGUGUCUCAAGGGUCAUUGUGUCAUUUUCUGUGUCUGAUGUGCUCAGUUUAACUUCAUGCUUUAACAAUGCUCUCAUCUCACUGAUCUCAACUCUCUGCUGUAAGAUGUAAAAUAAAGUCCAAUUCACAAUCACAAUAAAAUGGUUCCUUAUUAGUGCCUUUUUAUGUUUAUGUCUGACCUCAGGCUGCACAUCAAGUGUUAAUAUCGUCUCGCUUUAUCUAGCAACCCAGGGUAAAAACUGCCUGUGUGGAUCGAGGAAGAAGGUUUUUUUUUUUUUAGGUUACAACUGAGUGAACUACUCGGCACUGUGUUAAUGCUACAGAAGAACAUUCCUGUAUGCAGAAGUCAUGGUGUGUUGAGUUAACAUGGUGAGGGUCAUUCUUGGUCAAAUUUUGCACAUUUGUGACUAAUUGUACAUUUUGAAUUUCAGCUGUUUCUGAUGAUUUUGUAUCUUAAAAUGGGUCAAUAUUGUCUGCAUGCUAACAGUUGCGCUCUUGUUUCAGCAGGUUUAAUUUCAGUUACUAGUUCUACAACGUGUGUGUAUUUACAUUAUUUAUUGUAGACGAAGGAAGUAUUUUAGUAAGCAGGGAUAUUACAAUUUUGGUAUUUGAGUAUAAAAAGUAAUAAACAUCAUAUUUCUUCAUGUUGUGCAAAUUGUUUCCCCGGUACUGCUGAUGUUACUUCUAUAAAUGAAUAAUGGUGAUGUUUCUUCCAUAAAAGACUACGUUAUGGAA